AUGGUUUUUUCUCCUCAACUGGGCCUCAGCUUGGCACCGUCCUGCCUGCCGUUGGUGCUGUUGGCUGCCAUGGCCGCAGUGGCGACCAAGGCCCCGAUUUUCGGUGACGGCCGCCGCCAGGGCCCCCGCUGCGCCUUGGCCCUCGGCGCCGCGGUCGCACAGCGCUGUCAGCGGUGUCGCCGAAGCUCGAAACGGCCGCGGCGCGCGAAGAAACGACGGCAGUCGGCCUUUGAUCCCAUCGUGGAGUACAAACGCGUGCAGGAAGACCCCUUAGGAUCCUGGGGAUUCCUCGAGGAGGACGACUUCGCCCAGCGCAUCGUUUCCUUCGCGGCCGUUGCCUUCGUCCCAUCGCUGCUGCUCUCUGUGGCGGUCUUCCCGCCCAGCAACGAGGAUGGCAUUUUCCUGCCCAACAUGUUAGCAGCGUUCUCCUACGGUGUUGGCCUCACCAUGGCUGUGACCUUCAUCCUCUUGCUGCGCAUUAGCAGCUUCGUGGACCCGUUGAACAAGAACCUCAAGGCAACGUCCUAUGUGGUGGAAGAUAGCCGAAGUCAAAGAAGUUUGGCCGGGGAUGGUGGCUACUACAUGGAGCGUCGCCAAAAGACCAGCGACGAGAUUCAGCGCGACCAACUGCUGGGAGAAUAUCAGACGGGUCCGGCCAUGAGUCGCCUGCGUAAAUAUCUCUUAGGCGCGGCGGCUGUUUCAGCCUUGGGCUGGAUUGUAGGAAGCGUCUCAGGGGGAGAGAUGAGUUUACGGGAAGACGAGGAAGAUGAACGCAAGUGUGGAACCCGUUGCAUUCCGGGUUUGAUGACGGAUGAUACCAACAUCGAGAUGAAUGGCUACAGACUCUUCCGCUGAGCGGCAGAAAGUGUCGCAGCGAACGCAUCGUUGAUCAUGGUAGGCACAUGUCCAAAAUCUGUUCAGAACUCUAAAUUGACCAUGAUCCUUAGAUUGAU